UGUGCGCUUCGAAAUGACUUCAUCGUGAAGAAAGAAGAUCCGACAGUGGGCGAGAGGAAAUUUUCUUCCUCGUUUAUAUGUUCUUCGCCCGGGAGCGAGGAAGAGAGAGAGAUAUAGACAGAGAUAGAGAGCUAGGGUUUGUGACAUUGGGGGACGGAUUCCUCGCGGAGAUGAGGAUCCGGCGCGAUCAAUCCCCAUUCUAGGAGCAUAGUAUUGACCAGAUCGACCGCGGCUUAUUUUAUUUCCCUUUGCGCUCCUCUCCUUUCUUGCCCAGUUUGAUUUUGGGAUUUUCGGUUCGAUCGAUAUGACUGCGAUGCUGGCGUACCAGAAUGUGGGAUCCAGCAUGGCGCGCAAGAUGGAGCAGCCAAGAGAGGAUUUUGCGAUGUCGGCUCAGACAUCUCAAGCAAAGAAGGCGGCCGUGGCGAUCAACCCGGCGACGGUAGUCUCGGCCUUCCACCUGGUCUCGCGAGCCAACAAUCCGGUCGCGGAGGUCCGGGCCAAGGAGGUGGCGUCGAGCGACAGCGGCGGUGAUCAUGGCAAGAUCUACCAGAGCAGCGGCAGCGAGCACGAGCCCAGCUCCGUGUGCCUGGCAGCGAUGGUGGACGAAUUCAUGGAAGAAGCAGCAUUCGGCAAAUGUAGGAGCAAGAAUCCGUGCUCCUCCAAGGGCGAUGAGCGCGGCAGCGAUCUCGGCGGAGAGGUCCUGGAUUACCUCAAGGGAUUCACAGCAUGCUCCAGCGAAGAAGAGCUGGCUCUCCUUUCAGACGUUACGGCGGCGGUUACCGUUGUGAAGAACAAAGCUAUUGAGAUUUGCAACGAGGGAAUGGAUUGCGCCAGUGGAUGCGCUAAGCGAGCCACGCUAAGGUCCUUGCGAUCCGCUGGCCACAACGCCGCCAUUUGCAAGUCUCGCUGGGAUCACGGUGGUGGAUUUCCAGGCGGUGACUACGAAUACAUUGAUGUUUUGAUCGAGAGAAGCGAUGGAAAACUCGAGAGACUGAUCGUCGACAUAGAUUUCCGGGGCCAGUUCGAGAUCGCCCGUCCCACGGAUCGCUACACCGCCAUCGUCCACGAGCUGCCAGCGAUCUUCGUCGGCGGCGCCGAGAGGCUCCAGCAGAUCGUAAACUUGAUGUGCAAUGGAGUGAAGGAGUCGCUCAAGAAGCGAGGAAUGCCGCUGCCGCCGUGGAGGAAGCCCGAGUACAUGAGAGCGAAGUGGCUCUCGGCCUACAAGAGAACCACCAACGAGUCCCCGCCUCGCCACGAGACGAGCGAUGAGAAGAGAGAGCUCCUCAACACGGCACUGUUGCGGGGCUCGAGAUGGCACUCGCGCUUCACCAACGAGGUGGAGCUCCUAAUGGUGGAAAGAAACGAUACUUCUACGUCCACGGCUACUGCGAUCACCAUCACCGCCAACACUGUCAGUGAGCUCCAACAAUCGAAUAAGAAGUUCACGGAACCUGGAAGUUCAUCGUUGCUACCGUCUCGAAGAGGCCGAGGUGGUAACGAGAUCACGGCAGUGGCGACCGAGUGGAAGCCUCCUGCGGUCGGCAGCUCCCGGAAGAUCAAGCCAGCUGGAGUGGCGGGGCUGGCGUCGGUGUUGAUCGAGGCUGGCCUCUCAACGUUGGCGAGCGAACAGCGAGCGAGCAGCAGGAACCCGUGCAUGGUGGCCGUCUCCUGAAAGCUCUCGGUAGAACAGCACGAGUUUACCUUAGUGCUGUUGAGCUUACUUUGGUCAUCACUGCUCCACGAGAACGAACGUAGUGAUGACGGCACUGGAGCUUGUGGUGCGGUUUGCCAACGAAGGCCGGAAACGUAUUCUUGUGAAGAUCCAAAGUUUCUUCGGUGAGAAGUCGUUCGGGACAUCCGAGAUCGGGCACGGGUGAGUUUGCUGUGAAAAGUUUGUAAGCCAUCAAAUGGACAAAAUAGCUUUUUAUAGUGAAAUAUAAAUUUUGCGA